AUGUUUGAUCGACUCCAAGAAAUGGUGGAGAAAUUGCAACAGAAGAUUCGCGUGCAGAAGAGACAGAUCGAAGAGGCUGAGGAAGUCGCAACACAGAAUCUUUCCAAGUUCCGCCCCAAAUCCAAUUGGCCUGAAUACGAAGUUAUACGAAAACGCAGAGGAACGUGCCGAAGUCGCCGAGAACAGUCUCGUCCGUAUGCGAACACAACAGAAGCAGCGAGCGCAAUGAAGCUGUCACCGCACGGAUCCUUUGCUCACAUAAUCCUAUUAGGGUCAAGUCGUUAA